AAAAUUACCAAUCAUCUUUUUUUUUUCUAAUCUCGCCGCUCGUGUUGGGGAUUGGGGGGACAUUCCAUUGAAUUCCGUAGUGAUGAAGUGAUUCACAGUCGCAGUAGUUAUUGAACGUCGACGAAGAUAACCGCUUAAGUACAAUGGGCUUGGAGGAUUACAAAGAACUCGUGGCAACGUGUGCCUCGUUUUGCACAAUGGGUCAAAUGUUAGCCGGAACAUUGGUAUGUAAGGAUAUUUAUCGAAAAGGCUCGUCCAGAGGAUUUGAUGCCAUGCCUUUUGUGGGUGGCAUAGGAAUGUGCAUUUUAAUGCUUCAGUAUGCAUGGAUUGUGAGGGAUCCUGCGAUGAUUAAUGUUAAUGUUUUUGGAUUACUCACAAAUGUAGCAUACAUGGCUGUAUAUUAUUAUUACUCACCACAUACGAAGGAUACACUUGCAUUAAUAGGCAAGGCAACAGCUUUUGUAACGGUCUUCCUUGCGUAUGCACAAGUGGAAAGUCCCGAGAAGAUUGAAUUUAGAUUUGGUUUGAUUGUGACAGUAUUAUUGCUCCUCCUAAUAGCAUCUCCUCUCGUACAUAUUGGAGAGAUUAUAAAGACGAAAAAUACGGAUAUCCUUCCGUUUCCACUCAUAUUUAUGGGCACUAUUGUUUCAUUCUUGUGGCUAUUGUACGGCCUUGCAAUUAACAACGCUUUCAUUAUCUUCCAGAAUAUCGUCGGUUUUAUCUUGUCUGUGUUACAAUUGUCGUUGUUUGUAAUAUAUCCAUCGAAAUCGAAAGACCAAGUUUCUAGCCAAGGAAAGGAGGACUAAAAGAAAGUGGAAUUUUAAGUAUUUAAAUCGUGUACAAAUUAGCAGUUAAAAUAAGCUGUACAAAUGUGUACAUUAUGAACGAUAGUUUACACAGUUAGCUACGAACGUUCACUGUUAUGCCUAGACGAUUCUAAAUAAACAAGAUUUUUUUAA